GCCGGGUAGGCGGAGAGAGGAGAAGCACGAGAGAUAGAGAUAGAGAGAGAGAGAGAGAGAGAGAGAAGAGAAUGAUUGCACUGUUCCACACACACUUGAAGCCCAGUCUCCCUAGGAGACACAGGAUAACAGAAUGACAGUGCAGCUGUGACGCUGGGAGCAUCGUGGCAGGCUAUGGUUAUAUGUAGAGACAGAAACAGAGUUGGAGAAAGGCAGGUAGAAGUCAGUUGACAGUUGGAGGAGGAGAGAGAGAACACACAAUAAGGAAAAUGAAAAAAUAGUGAAGAAAGAGUGAGUUAAAGCAGAGAUGCACGUAGGGGUGAAGAGGAUCUGUCAGAAGAGUUGAGCCGUGUAGCUCUCUCUCUCUCUCUCUCUCUCUCUCUCUCUCACACACACACACACACACACACACACACACACACACACACACACACACACGCACACACACACACACACACACACACACACACACACAUCAGGCACACUUCCGAAACAGGGACGCACAGGAGGAUGAAGAAACAUUCCGCUAGAGUGGCUCCUCUCAGCUCUUACAGCACACAGGUCCUCACCUGCCCCAUCUCUGAAGGAGAUGAAGGUUCGGACUCCCACAUCGAGACUCCGGCCAGUGAGAUGAGCGGCGAAGUCACCGCCUAUCAGACCUGUGUCAACGCAGCUCUGAAGGUCAUAGGCGGCCUGCUGGUGGUCCUGUGUGUGUCCUCGUCCUGGGUGGGCACCACUCAGGUGGUCCAGUGGACAUUUAAGUCCUUCUCUUGCCCUUUCUUCAUCUCCUGGUUUAGCACCAAUUGGAACAUCCUCUUCUUUCCUCUCUAUUACUCUGGCCAUGUGGCCAUCACAAGGGAAAAGCAGACGCCCAUUCAGAAAUUCAGGGAGUGCAGUCGAUUGUUUGGGGAAGAAGGAAUGACGCUGAGACUGUUUCUAAAGAGGACAGCACCUUUCUCCAUCUUAUGGACUCUGACUAACUAUCUGUAUGUGCUGGCGUUGAGGAAGCUUACAGCCACCGAUGUUUCAGCACUCUAUUGCUGCCACAAGGCAUUUGUCUUCCUCCUGUCCUGGAUCGUCCUCAAAGACCGCUUCAUGGGUGUGCGGAUUGUAGCUGCCAUUAUGGCCAUCACAGGUAUUGUCAUGAUGGCCUAUGCUGAUGGCUUCCAUGGAGACUCAAUCAUAGGUGUGGCUUUAGCCGUAGGCUCGGCCUCCACCUCAGCACUCUACAAGGUUCUAUUUAAGAUGUUCCUAGGCAGUGCCAACCUGGGAGAAGUCGCUCACUUCUUCUCCACCAUGGGCUUCUUCAACCUGAUCUUCAUCUCUUGUGUGCCCCUCAUCCUCUACUUCACCAGGGUGGAGCACUGGGGCUCGCUGUCCUCUUUGCCGUGGGGUUAUCUGUGCGGCGUGGCCGGCCUGUGGCUGGUAUUCAACAUCCUGGUAAAUGUAGGUGUGGUUCUCACCUACCCCAUCCUCAUAUCGAUCGGGACUUUACUCAGCGUUCCAGGGAAUGCAGCUAUUGAUGUGCUGAAGCACGAGGUGAUCUUUAGCGUGGUGCGUCUGGCCGCAACCUGCAUCAUCUGCGUGGGCUUCCUGUUGCUGCUGCUGCCUGAGGAGUGGGACACGGUCACGCUGCGCUUCCUUGCCACACUCGCUGACAAGAAGUCAGAGGAGCAUGGAGAGGAGCUCACAGAGUCCAGCAUCAACAUGCGCAGCCGUAGCAGAGCUAACGGUGCCGUCUCGAUUCCCUUGGCAUGACCUAUGACCUCUAGACUUUGGCCCUAGUGCUGAAGAGUGCUAGAGAUCCGCCAUGAGGCAGUGCCGGAGUCAUGGGUACUUUGGGUGGAUGAGUAGAGAUUCUUGAAGAAAGAAAGUAGAGAUAGAGGAGAACUGGGAUCAUAACAUGCUGUGACAAUAGCCGCAAUAUCAACUGUGUGGAAGGUGGGCGGAGCUGAAAAUCUGAGGAUCAUAGCAUCACUUGUCUCUCUUUUAAGUGAGAUGAGAGAGGAGCAUUUUACAGACUGUGCUGAGGGGGAAAAAUCUCCCUUUAUAAAAGAAAGAUUUAUUUACUGUAUUUGUUUUUCAUGCUGGGAUUUCACGUUCACGUUAUCGGGAGGACAUUUUCUUUAGGGAGAUGAACUCUCUUGAUUAAUGGAGUAAAUAGCCUUUUCUGUUUGCACGCCUUCAUCCCAGCUAUGCCUGCUGAACCCUCACAUGGACUGUAUUCUGUGAAUAUAGACUCAAUCAGAGCCAAUUUGGCUCACUGUAUUAAAAUGCAUGUGUCUGAGAGAGAAGCGUAUAUAAUACAAAUGUUAUUUACAUUGUAUCUGAUGGUAUUAUACUGUACAUAAGAAGGGGAAAUAUAUUAUCCUAUAUAUGAACAAGGCUCUUGUUUCUUCUUACACUGAAAUUAAAAGUGAAAACCUGCCUCC